AUGGAUCGCGCUGUUCAAACAGAACCUCAACCUCAGCUCCCGAUGACUGCUGAACCCCAGCACGGGAGCCUUGCUCAAGGCAGCAGCGGCGCGCCCAAACACGGAAGAUCUUCUCAAGAUUAUAACACCGGAAAUGCCAACGGCCCUAAGCGUCUAAGGAGAUUCUUUGGCUUCCUUCAACAAGGCCCUGACAAUCCAGGGUCGAAUACCCCAGCAGAGCAAAGGAAUAGCAAUAAUGGCGAGCCGAAGUACGAGGACGUCCCGCUUGGUCCAAUGACCGGAGUGUCACACGCCGAUCAAGCAGAACCACCUAAGCCGGCCCUCACCGGACAGACCAGCCAGGAUAAUCAACAGGGACAGAACUCGACCCAGGGACCACAGCGACAAGUGCGGCGGGUGGGGAGCCUGUCACAGGGUAGAGUUGGAGCCACCCAAGCCGGACCGGACGGGAGCGAAAACGGCGAAUUCACAUUCCGUGGCGGGGACACCGGAAACUGUAUCCAAGAACCCUGCAGCUGCUGCGCGUACUGGAUCAACAAGAUAUGCUGCGGUGGUGAGGAUUGAAAAUCGGGCCGGGGCGCGGACG